CUGGCGAUGUGGGACCUGGGGCAGUGCGACCGCAGGCGCUGCACCGGCACCCGGCUGGCACGUCAGGGGCUGGUUCGGGAGCUGCGACUGGGUCAGACCUUCCCUGGAGUCAUCCUCAGCCCUGCAGGUCAGCGCAGCGUGUCCCCGGAGGACGCUGCCCUGAUUCGCUCCCGGGGCCUGGCAGUGGUGGACUGCUCGUGGAACCGACUAGACGAUGUACCCUUCGGCCGCAUCAAGGGCGCUGCUCCCCGGCUACUGCCCUUCCUGGUGGCCGCGAACCCCGUCAACUACGGUCGGCCCUGCAAGCUCUCUUGCGCGGAGGCCUUUGCGGCGGCGCUGUUCAUUUGCGGUCUCCGGGAGGAGGCGGUCGCGGUGCUGUCCAGAUUCAAAUGGGGGCACUCGUUCUUCUCCACGAAUGCGGAGCUGCUGGCGCGGUACGGCACCUGCGCCACGGCGGCGGCGGUCAUUGCCGCCCAGAACGACUACCUG